UACUGCUGUCACUAACUGUGACAUUUUAAUUUAGCCCCUUUUUCCCUCACUUAUGAAAAGGUCUAUAAGGACUGUUUUAUCGGUAGACCACCGAAAUAUUAGAGGUCCACUUUACUUACAGAGUACGCCGACAAAUUCCAGACGGUCCACUGAAUGUCAGUAAGCACAGGAACUCUUUCCCGGGAUAAAUUAUAAUCUUUCAGCGACUGAUAUGACAUCUAAACCUACAUGCCUAAUUGUCGCAAGUGCUGCUCCGCAAGGAGUAUCCGCUCGGUCGUUUCACCAGUCAUUCACACUCUGUAGUCCCGUUUUCAACCUGCAGAUAGCGACACCAGGGGGGAAACCCAUAGACUUUGUUGGUGUUGAUGACAGCUCUGCAAGAUUCGUUCAGGAUUUCAGCGUGAAGUCAUAUGCCACUCCGGCCAAACUGGAGUCCAUAGACGGAGCACGUUACCAGGCUCUGCUCAUCCCAGACUGCCCUGGUGCCCUGCAUGACCUGGCACACAGCGGAUCUCUGGCUCGCAUCCUGACACACUUCACCUCCCAGCAGAAGCCUGUGUGUGCAGUGGGUCAGGGUGUCUCUGCACUAUGCUGUGCUACAGAGGGACAGAGAUGGAUCUUCAUUGGCUAUAGCAUGACAGGGCCAUCUGUGUUUGAGCUCGUGCGUUCUCCUAACUUCGCCAACCUGCCGCUGAUUGUGGAGGAUUUUGUGAAGGACAGCGGAGGUUCGUACACAGCUAGCAAAGAGGACGCGGUGCAUGUGGUUCUGGAUCGCCACCUAGUGACAGGACAGAAUAUUGAGUCAACUACCGUCGCAGUGAACAACCUGAUUCUGCUGUGUAACAGCAGGUAAAAAACAAAAACAAAACAAAAGCCCCACACACGC